CAACACCAACGAUCUACAGAUGUUAGAAACAACUGCGAGGUAGUUUUUCGUAAUGGUUAAAUGGCUUUCAUUUCUGGUACUUGACAACCGGGAUGAUGGCAACAAUGGAAAACUUGACCAACUCCGUUUCCAAUGAAUGGGAAUACUAUUAUGAUUACCUUGAUCCUGUGAUAGUGGACGAGAGCAAGCUGAAGUACAACAAAUACUCAAUUGUUAUCAUAUUUUGGAUCAUGCUCGCUGCUUUUGUGGCGUUCCUCUUUCUCGGUUUGAAUAUAAUGUCUCAUAGUGGAAUGCCAAGAAUUCACAGAUUUAGAAGAAGCCACAGAACAGCAACUGCUUAAAUCUGAAUCGGAG